CCAAUCGCGCCCCGCGCAAAGCCACCACGGCCUCGCCUCGCCUGGGGCUGAGUCAGCGGCGGAGGAAUGCGAGGCGCCCCCUGCUCCUCGGGGAGGGGGCGUUGCACCUCCGCUGCCGAGGCCAUGACGUCAUGGGCUAUGCUAAUGACUAGCAUGUGAGGAGCGGGGGCUCCGAGGGGCGCGCGGCUCACUAGUGCAGGAGAAGCAGGCGGAGAGAGACGCGGGUCCGACGGCGCGCCCGGACGCCGCGCAGCUCUUGCUCUGUGCCGCCGGGGUCGCCUUAGCUGGUGCGCGGGCUCGCCAUGGCCCUGCCCGGGCACCGCCAGACGCCGCCGCCGCCUCCUCCACCGCCACCUCCGUCGCCGGCUCCUCUGCCUCUUCUUCCUCAGUAAAGGGUCAGCCAAAGCCGGCAAGAGAAGGACGGCGAGCGAGAGGGCGCGCGACAGCCAGUUGUGAAGGCUUCUAUUUUCUCCACUUCCCUUAGCAAGGAAUGCUGUGACUGUGGAUGGUCCAGAAAGCUGCCGGAGGAAGGAGAGCCAGUGCCAGCCCUGGGCUAAAAUAACCAGACUGGAAAAGAGCAAAGAGGGAGGGGGAAGCAAAACACCCAGAAGAAAACAGCUACACAAUCCAUAUCCUCUCACAACAUCUUCAUACAUUGCUGUGCCUUGUCGAGAAAUAACAGCUGUCUAAGUCCACACACAGAAACCACACAGUGUGUCUGUUUUCCCUUGCCACCAUGUGACAUCGUCUUUGGCAGAAUUAAGAAGCAGCCACUGGCAUUUUGGACACGCGAGGAAGAAGAAGAGCAAGCAAACCUCCAAAUCUGUCUUCGAAUAUCUGUCCUAUUUCUGCAGUGACAACGUUGUAAAAUAGAGGUUUAAAAGGGGAGGUGGGUGGGAAGUAAAAAAGGAACUUCUAAGGGAUUCUCCUACUUUUUCUUCCUUGCAAAAAAACAUAUCAGGGAGUGCCCCCCACAGUUUUUUUUUUCUCCUGUUCUCGUUAUUGCAUGCAGACAUUCACUCAUACCAACCAUGAUGUUUCGAGACCAGGUUGGAGUAUUGGCAGGUUGGUUCAAAGGCUGGAAUGAGUGCGAACAGACAGUUGCUUUGCUUUCCUUAUUGAAGCGAGUGACUCGGAGCCAGGCCCGUUUCCUUCAGCUCUGCCUUGAGCAUUCCCUGGCCGACUGCACAGAACUGCACGUUCUGGAAAAUGAAGCCAACAGCCCUGGAAUCAUUAACCAGUGGCAGCAGGAAUCGAAGGACAAAGUGAUUUCUCUGUUGCUCACCCACCUGCCUUUGUUGAAGCCAGGGAAUAUUGAAGGAAAAGUGGAGUACAUGAAGCUUCUUCCCAAAAUCCUGGCUCAUUCAAUUGAACAUAACCAACACAUAGAGGAGAGCAGGCAACUCCUGUCCUAUGCUUUGAUCCAUCCUGCCACAUCCCUGGAGGACAGGAGUGCUCUUGCCAUGUGGUUGAACCACUUAGAGGACCGCACAUCAAGUAUUUUUGGCAGCCAAAACAGGGGCCGGUCUGACUCCGUGGAUUAUGGGCACUCACAUUACUAUCACCAAAGACAGAACUCAGAUGAUAAACUCAACGGCUGGCAGAGCUCUCGGGAUUCUGGCAUAUGUUUGAAUGCCUCCAACUGGCAAGAUAAAAACCUGGCGUGUGAGAAUGGUCACCUCCCUCUCUAUUCCUCCUCCUCUGUUCCUGCAACCAUCAACACGAUUGGAACUGGCACAGGCACAAUUCUCUCAAGUCAGACCCAUCACAGCCCUCUGAAACGGUCUGUGUCCCUCACCCCACCCAUGACUGUGCCUAGCCAGCCCCUCGGACACGGAUGGAUGUCUCAUGAGGACUUGCGGGAUAGAGGACCCCAGGGCAUCCCUUCUGAUCAUGCCCCCUUGUCUCCGCAAAGCAGUGUAGCCUCUUCAGGCAGUGGUGGGAGUGAACAUUUAGAAGAUCAGACUUCUACUCGUAACACAUUCCAGGAAGAAGGGAGUGGUAUGAAAGAUGUUCCUGCCUGGCUCAAAAGUCUGCGUCUCCAUAAGUAUGCUGCCCUUUUUUCCCAGAUGACCUAUGAUGAAAUGAUGUCCUUGACUGAAUGUCAGCUUGAGGCUCAAAACGUUACCAAAGGUGCAAGGCAUAAGAUUGUGAUCAGUAUCCAAAAGCUAAAAGAGAGGCAGAAUCUCCUCAAAUCCUUGGAAAGAGAUAUCCUAGAAGGAGGCAAUCUACGCCUCCCAUUGCAGGAGCUUCACCAAAUGAUCCUUACCCCAAUCAAAGCCUACGCAUCUCGGAACCUGUCAGUGGAUGAGCACAGUCGGGAUCCUCAGCUCCGUCGACCAACUUCUCUGAUUGGCUCAGACAACCCAGGGUUGGAUUGCAAGGACUCUGCCUCAGGAGGAAUGCAGCAUCAUACCUUACCCGGUUGUGAGGGGGAAUCUGGAGGUGUCCCUUUGCCAGAAGGGGACAUCCCAGGACAGUUUACUAAAGUGAUGGGAAAAGUUUGUACUCAGCUCCUUGUCUCCAGGCCUGACGAGGAGAAUAUAAGCUCCUAUCUACAACUCAUAGACAAAUGCCUAAUUCAUGAGGCAUUCACCGAGACACAGAAGAAAAGACUGUUGUCAUGGAAACAGCAGGUGCAAAAACUGUUCAGGUCUUUCCCUCGCAAAUCCAUCUUAGACCUCUCGGGAUACCGGCAGCAAAGAACCCGAGGUUUUGGCCAGUCAAACUCCUUACCGACAGCUGGAUCUGCAGGUGCAGGAAUGGGCAGGAGAAACCCACGCCAAUUCCAAAUUCCCUCUCGAAAUCUCCCCACUACACGGCUGGGGCUUUUGGGUCCCAGUGGCCUCCUAGGAGCCAGCCAGCGCAAUGGAGCUGCCAACCCCACUCUCUUAAAGCAAGGAAGACAGAAUCUUUGGUUUGCAAAUCCAGGAGGAAGUAACAGUAUGCCCAGCCGAAGCCAUAGUUCUGUACAGAGGACCCGUUCACUGCCUGUCCACACCUCUCCUCAGACAAUGCUUAUGUUUCAGCAACAUGAGUUCCAGGUCCCAGUGACAGAACCUGAUAUCAAUAAUAGGCUGGAGUCCUUGUGCCUCAGUAUGACUGAACAUGCCCUAGGAGAUGGUGUUGAUAGAACCUCAACUAUCUAGAAGAUGGAAGAAUCUGCAGUGACAGCGCUGGCCGUGAGAAAAUUUGGCUGCUGGACCAGUGGUAGAUUUCAUGAUGAGUCCCUUGUCAUGCUAAGGAUCCCUGGAGAUACAUUGCAUCCUUUCAUUGCUGUUUCUUUCUGUUCUUCUUUCUGUCUUCUCUGUCUUCUCCAUCUCUGUUUCCAUUGUGAAGGGCUGCUUAUCUUAAUGGUUAUGUCAGAAGCAACACAGGAAUUGUGUCAUCAGCGAUAACACACACACACACACACACACACACACACACACACACAUACACAAAACAAAGCAAGCUGAUGGGCUUCACCUAAGGGCUGGUAUCCCGGUGCAUGUCUUAAAAGGGCAGGUAUCUUAAUAGCAAGAGAGUAGGCAGGAGGUCUCCAAUGGAAUUGGGUGUGAGGGGGGUGUUAGAUGCAAGUCUUCUAUAUGAAGAAGAGACUUUUGAUGCUUGGUCAAGAAGUAGGGAAUCGCACAUUGUCUGUCUGUAAAUAUGAGCUGUAUUUCACUGACAUUCAAACCAUAAUGGGAGCUGUGAUUUCAUUAAGUGGAAUAGAAAGGAAUCUCAAAAGGCCAACUAGUUUUGCCUCAGUUACAUUAAAAAAAAACUAGCUUUGAAGCCUGAGCAUUGUUUACAUAAGGUGGGUAGAAAAGAGCAUGUUGCACGUGCUUCAAACUCCACCUUCCUUCUUCUGCAGAGAAACAAUGGGGGUAAAACCAGCCUAGUUUCUGAACUUGCCCUAGAGAGUCAUCAUGCACAGCCAAAAUCCCUGCUGCUCUGGAAACCUACCAGUGCCCCAGUCCCAAUUGCCAAAUUCCUGUAUGAGAUUGUACGUAUGUGGUGCAGAUAAAAUCUCUUGAGACAUCCAGUGGCUGGGAUAAGGGCACCCCCAGAAGGAAGGGAUACCAGCAGGUUUGACUAGAAGCAAAUCCAAGCCUUCUGAUCCUGGAGGAACCAGGGAUUCCCACGUUCCUUCUCAUCUUGCCAUUAAUAAUAGAUCUUUUGCAUGGUACCUGUGUGCGUGCGUGUGUGUAUAUAUAUUUUUUUCUUUUUGGUGUCAUAGCAGGUUUUGCCUUUUUAAAUAAUGUCAAGUUUCUAGAAAAAUUUCAGGCACUUGUAACUUUUUUCUUGACUUUCCAAACUGGGCCAGAGCAGGAUGCCAAAGAAAUGUUGUAGAAUAGAAAGAAGAAAAGUUGAAGAGAGGCUCCUGUUCCUUUGAUUUUGUGUGAAUGAGAGAGAGAGAGUUUUAAAGAUGCUUCAUUGAGAUUUGGCACUAGAGCAUUGGGAUGCUCAAGAAUAGUUUUAUGAAAGUUGGUAUCAUCUUAGAGAACAUUGCUCUAAACUUUUUGUGUGUGUGUGAAAAAGCAGAGGCAAAUACACCAUGGAGAUUUUUUUCUUGGUUUGGUAGUAUUUGGAAUUCAUAAGUUAGGGAAGCAAAUUUACCACAUCUGUUCCUCCCCUCACUCUAUCCCUCUUCCAAUGUAUUAUCUACAUAACAACUAAGAAACAAUUAGCAAAAUAGCAUUAGGAUUGCAGCCUCACCCAGAGAUGAAUAACAGUGUGCACCAGCUGCAAUUGCUUCCAGGCUCCUCCCAAGCAUCCCUAGAGGCUGAUUUGCCCCUAGAGAAAAUGAAAGGGCGAAAUGAGAUGCUUUAAACCUCUACGGGGAAAGGUAUUUAGUUAACGCCUUAAACCUGCCAACUACCAGCAAGGCCAAAAUGCUGAUGACUUCAGCUAUGCUCAAGAAUAGAGAACCCUCAGGCUGGUCUCUGCUUUAACCCACAUUUUUCCACUUUUAUCCUCAUUAUGUGCUGAGAGGAAGAGACUGCUUUUAAAUAGAUAUGUGUGCAUACAUGAAAAUGCAAUAUGUUCCAGUGCAUCACCUACCAAGUGAUAAGGUGUCAGUUAAAAGUUAGUGUUUCACUUUAUCUUUUCUGAUCGUAACAGUGCAGAAAUAAGUGAUGCUUCAGCUCUAUGGUAACUGUCCAAUCCACACCCAAUAACAAAAUUACAUUUUGGUACUAAUAGCUUCCUGUUCCUCUUGUGGAAGAAAAAUAGCCGUGCAUCUUCUUACCCAAAGAUGCAUCCUUAGUUCGUGUGUGUGUGUGUGUGUGUGUGUGUGUGUGUGUGAGAGAGAGAGAGAGAGAGAGAGAGAGAGAGAGAGAGAGAGAGAGAGAGAGAGAGAGAGAGAGACAAACAACAAACUGUAUAUAGUGAACAAUAACCCAGUUUGAAACUGUUUGCAUUAUCAUGGCUUCUUGCAUUAGGAAUUGUAGUUUUGUGAAGGUGCUGAAGAUUUGUCAUGAUGAAGCCUAUGCUACAGAUUUAAAUUGGUUUGAAACUACUGCUAAAUAGGAAUACUCCCCCCUUCCUGAGCUUUCCAUGGUUCUUUAAUUUCAACUCCAAUACAAAGGCAAAUUUCCCAGAAUUCAAAGACAUAAGACUGCAGCCAGCGUGAAAGUGGAUAUGCCCAAAAUAUGAUGCAGUCAGGCCUAUUUCAGUAAGUCUGUAGUGCAAAUUACUGUGGGUUUUUUUUCUCCCCCCACCCAAUAGGGAAUCCAUUUUUGAUAGUAGACAUUUUUUCCACCUAAUCAAACCUAAAGUAGUGCCAAACAUUUGCUGCUGCUUCUUUUUGGUUAGAAAAGGGAAGAAGCUAAAGGACUGCUUCUCAAACUCUUUUUUAUUUUAUUUUUUAAUUGAGCCUGUAAACAGAAUCAUAAUGGGUUUCCGAUAGCAGUAUUUUAAAGAAUUAAAACUGAUAUUUCUGGACAAAAGUGCCAAAAUACCCUUUGUUUUGUUUUGUUUUGUUUCAUGUUUACUAGAAUGCCUGUUAACAAAGAAAGGAAACAUGGUUUUAUGUUUAGUAAAGAAGGAAUGCAGUGUUGGAGACAAAGAUUUUGGAAAGUGAUUUUUAAGGCACCUGAGAAAGAUGUAAUUUGCUAGGCUAGUAGUUUUAGGCAGAGGUUGUUUUGAAAUUGAUGGAUUCACAUAUUUGUUCAUUGCUGUAGAUCAGCCUUUCCCAACUGUAGAUCCAUUGCAGAUUCCCAACCAGCAUGGUAUAUGGCCAUAGCGGUAAGGAAUUCUGGGAGUUGUAGUACAAUGUAUCUGGAAGAGACCAGGUUAGGUGAGGCUGCUGUGUAAAAUAGACUGAUUGGUUGCGGUAGGAUAGGGAAAGCAGGUGGCAUAGUUUGGAUGUAGAAACUGAGGGAACAGUUCUGUAGACUCUUGAAUAUUUUGGAAGUCUAUAAACCAUGUACUUAUGCAGGAAUCAGGGCUGGGGAGAGGAGAAGUAAGAAAAAUAAAUGGUUCCUCAAAAUCAGGGUGCUAUUAUAGAUUAAGGAAGCUUUAGUCCAGGGCCGCCUAAUCUUGAAAAUUUAAAAGACUUGUGGACUUCAACUUCCAGAAUUCCCUAGCUAGCCAUGCUGGCUGUGGAAUUUUGGGAAUUGAAGUCCACAGGUCUUAAAGUUGCCACGGUUGGACACCCCUGCUUUAGUCUAUCUGUGUCUGCAGAGCACCACGUUGGGGAAAUCUAGUCAAAACACUUAACAAAUCUGAAAUGUUUAUUUAUUCCUUUGCUGAAUAUAGAAAACAGAAGUUAUCUGAUUAUUGAGAUAUAUUAUUUUGGAUAGACAUGUGACAUAACUUGCUAUGGCUGGUACCCAUGUAAAAUUCUGGUGUUAAUAACCAUAUACAUUUUUCUUCUAUUUUUCCCCCUUUGGAAAAGAGAACUUAUUUUCCAUGAACACUGUGUGUAGGUACAUUGCUAAGUUGAGCAUGCUUUUUGUAUCUUGUGUAAUGAACAUAGGCUUCAGAUACAUUUUAGAAGCCACCAUCCCUUCCUCUUAAAUCCUGUAUUGAGUGCAGGUAGAAAACGUAGAAGAUUUAAAAAAAAACCUCCAGAAUUAUCCAAAAUAAAAUUAAAUGUAUUUAUAAAAAAUAAUAGUUGCAUGCUGAAGGCCAUGGAAGUCAAAUGUUUAGUAUUUUUUUAAAAAGUGGCAGUGCCUUUCAUUUUUGUAUUUACCAUUUAUUGCUCAAUGCAACUGUUUUAUAAUAAGCAAUUAUAUGAUAGUUUCAGAAAAUGCAAACUAUUUCACUACAUAGAAAUGUGUGUUCUAUUUUUUUUUCUUGUUCUCAUUACAAGAGUGUGUAAGCUGAAUACCUCUGCCUGCUCUGCCAGAGAUAACUUUUACUAUGCGGUUAUCAUGUAUGAAAUUUAUAUUGGUGCUUUUCUUUCUAGUGAUUUAUGACACUUGUUGAAUGGGGAAAUACAGACAAAUUUAUGUAACAUAAUUGGGGAUGUGAGGGUAAGGGGAUGAAUUCUAGUUUUUAUGCUGCUUUGAAAUUUAUUUGAGGGAUAGUAGUUGACAAGAGGAAAAAUCCAGUAAUGCAGUAGCUGAGGCAUUUUCAUACUUAUUAUCUCCACUGUGAUAACUUUCUGUAUUGCAACCCAAAGCAGUUCAGCAUUUUGAAGGGUCUUUGACUAUGAUUCACAAUGGAGAAAUAAACUGUAGGCCUUAGUACUUGUCCUGUGGCUAAUUAUUACAUUUAGAAAAGAGCCUGAUUAUAUGGCGAUGAGAGGUGACUACCAUUUGAUGCGCUGCUUUAUCCCCAAUCAGCAUUGUUAAAUUCCCAAUUAUUGAUGCCCCGUGUGAAUUAGCCAGGAUAACGUUUUUUAGGCCUUCCAGCUCAGCACCCAAAGUGUCUAGUCACUCAUUGUUAUUUAAAGAGAUUUAAAGAUUGGUCAUCAAGACUCAGCUUUGGCCUGUUUAGGUAAUAAACACACUUUACUGAGACUAGUAGCUUGGCUUAAAAAGGAAUGUAUUUCUGUUUUGUAGCAUCUAAUCCCAAUGUUAUCUCUUAUCCAGUGUUUCUCAACCUUGGCUGCUUAAAGAUGUGACGACUUCAGCUACCUGAAUUUCCUAGCCAGCUCUGCAGGUUAGGGAAUUCUGGGAGUUGAAAUUCAAACAUCUUCAAUUUGCCAAGGUUGAGAAACACUGAUCUAAUCUAAUGGCUCUUUAAAGCACGGAAAGGCUUUGGAGCUUCAUGCAAGAGAUUUAUGGGCUUCCACAUAGAGCUCCAUAAACAAACAGCUUAUUGAGAGCAUCAUGUUUGUGCUAGAAUCCUAUAGGGCAGGGGUGUCAAACUGCCAGCCCACAGGCCGGAUGCGUCAUGGUGAAACCACGCCCACCCCAUUGCCAGCAAUGGAAAAAAGUUGCAAUAUGUCGCAACACAUCAUGUGACGUUGUGAGUUUGACACCCCUGCUAUAGGGAGUGAGAUUAAUCGGAGGAGUUAGGAUUCGGUAGACAAAUGUCCCACCCAUAGAUAGUGAGACUCUGUGUUCAUUUUGUGUGGUAAACUCAGCGGCAUCUGCAGGUGGCUGUCACCAGGGGACUGGUAAUAUAAGCAACAUUGUCACAAUGGAAGCUCCAUUCCUUUGGUAGAUGUGUUGUGAAAUUGCAUGCAUGUAAGAAAGGGGUAGAGCUUGCCUUGAGCUGCUGCUUUUGUCCUUCUGAAGAAGGCUUUUUAUCUUGCAAAUUACUCUGGACAAGCUUGAGUAUUCAAACUCAAGAAGAUUACAAACCCGCCUGCCAUGAGGCAGCCUCUUUAUUAGACAUUGAGCUUUGGCAGUGCCUUUUCCUCUUGUCUAAGAUGAGGCCAAGAAACAAAAAUAUCAACAAAAACAAAUCUUUCGUUGUGCUGUUUGCUGCUCCUUUUUGGCAACUGGAACCUUUUCCAGUUUGAUAUCAAGAUUCAACCCUGUUUUCCUUGUCUUUUCUUGGGAGCAGGCAGAAGAAUGUUUCUUGCUGACCUGCUCUAUUCCCUGAACAAAGAACUGUUUUGAUGGGAGACAUACAACUUUGUAGGUGUUUCCUUGUCUGUGGCUGCAGAAUUAUGCUCUGAUUUAGCCCUAGAAUCCAAGGUCCACCUUACUGUCAACUUCUUUAGUGUUUCUCUUCUUCUGGGUUUCAAGCAGCUAAAUUAGAAACUCUGGAUGUUCUUGUUUCUCCUUCCCCAUCUCACUUAGGAACACACAAAAUGUGACCUACAGGCAUGUAUCCUGUCUCUUUAGCUGUUGGCCUCAGGGGUGUUGCAUCCUCUGCUUUCACUAAAUGAGAUGGGGAAGAGAAGCAAAGAGAUGUUCAGAACAGUAGCAAGUCCACCUUUCUUGUAGCAUGUAGUGAAUACAAUCCCCUUCCUGCCUCUCCCAUCAAGGGUUUUCUGGAUGUGCCUGAUUCUAAGAAGUAGAAAGAGUAGAUCUUGUAGAAAGUAUAAUUUGCACACAGCUAUGAUAACACUAAAGUUGAUUUUAUACAAGUCAUCAAAGUUUGCAAAGUGAGUUUUAUUUUUUGUAUUCCUUUAAUCUUUACUUAAAAGGUGAAUGUGUAUUCCUCUGGGAGGAAUUGCAAGAAAACAGGAAUGUUAAUAAAUGUUUAAAAAUAAAACAGAAUACUUCUUCCCUUAUUAAUAUAUAACCCUUAUGUAUUUAUGCCUACUGUAAGCAACUGAAACAGCUUGGAUUUCCAUUUUGUUGCAUGCCUGCUAUCGGCAAAAAUGAAAAAAGAGCCUUCUAUUGUACAUGCAUGCAUUUUAGUCUUGAUCUCUUUUUUCUGUUUUAUUUUGUUUUAUUUUGGUUAGGGGGAAGCGUGUAUUUCCCCUGCAUAAAGUUAGUGCACAAAGAAAUAUUUUUGCCUAGUUAAUGUUGCCAAGCAAUGCAUAUUUUUAAAAGAAAUUUGUCAUAUAUGGAAAUAGCAUGUUUGUUUACAUGUAUCAGCUUCCUGAUUAAUCAGAAGAAGAAGGAGGGGCAGGGGAAAAGUCUAAUGUUUGGGGAAUGCUGUAAUUUCUUUGCAAAUGUACAGUUUUCAAUUUGUUGUUAUUACUGGUGAAACACCCUUGUGAUUUCAACUUGCUACAAUAUAUAUUUAUUACUCGUUCUCCUUCCAUGUAACUAGGAAUCAUGCCUAUGUUUCAUAUCAACGUUAUAUUGAAAGUGAAGGGAGAUGAUUAAUACAAGAUUUUGUAACAUU